AUGUUUAUUGUACCCCAAUUCAAAGCUUUUGGCCUCCUUCCUGCUUCAGAUGUAGUCCAGUUAAUAGCCGAAAAGCACUUGUUUCCAUCAUUAAACACUUGUAAUUUUCUCUUGACUUCUCUCGUGAAGUCAAACCUCCUUCAAAAAGCCCAUGAGAUCUUCAACAUUUUACGUAGAGGUGUUCAACCAGAUGUCUAUCUCUUUACAACAGCCAUUAACGCCCUUUGUAAAGACCACAAAAUCAAAGAAGCCAUGGCCUUAUUCUCACAAAUGGAGGAAAUUGGUGUUUCCCCAAAUGUUGUAACUUACAAUAACAUCAUUCAUGGUCUUUGCAAGAAUCAGAACUUACAAGAAGCUUUUCACCUCAAAGAAAAGAUGAUCAAAAAAGGUGUAACUCCUAGUCUUAAUACAUAUAGUGUUCUUAUCAACGGGUUAUUGAAAGCUCAAAACUACAAUGAAGCUCAGAGUGUUUUAACUGAAAUGACCUCCAAUGGUUUUCUCCCAAAUGAGGUUGUUUAUAAUACUUUGAUAGAUGGAUAUUGUACACAAGGUGACAUGAAGAAAGCAAUUGAAAUUAGAAAUGACAUGUCAUCAAAGGGAUUGAAUCCAAAUUCUGUCACUUUCAAUACUCUCAUCAAGGGAUUUUGCAAUAGUAAUCAAUUUGAAGAAGCUGAAAAGCUUUUGGAGGAAAUGCUUUCGAUUAGUUUAACAAUAAACGCGGGUUCUUUUACUUCCAUUAUUCAUUGGCUUUGUAAGCUUUCAAAAAUGGAUUCUGCUCUUCGAUAUGUUCAUGAAAUGUUGUUAAGAGAUUUAAAGCCAAAUGAUAAAUUGUUGACUAUGAUAGUUACUGGUCUUUGUAAUCAAGGUAAACAUUCAGAAGCAGUUAAUCUUUGGUUUAAACUACUUGAAAAACGUUUUUUUCCAAAUAUAAUAACAUCAAAUGCCCUUAUUCAUGGUCUUUGUGAAUCUUCAAAUGCAAAAGAGGUUAUCAAGAUUCUUAAAGAAAUGUCACAAAAAGGGUUACAUUUUGAUAGAUCUACAUACAACACUUUGAUCUCAUGGCAUUGCAAAGAGGGGAGAUUCGAGGAAGGUUUUCAAUUAAGUGAAGAGAUGGGUAAAAAGGGAAUUUCACCGGAUACUUCAACUUACACUUCAUUGAUAAACGGGUUGUGUCAAAAGGGUAAGAUGGAUGAAGCUUUGAUGUUUUUUGAGAAGUGUAAAACUAAAGGUUUGACUCCUGAUGUUUCGACAUAUGGAGUUAUCAUCGAAGGUUUUUGUAAAUGUGAUCAAAUCGAAAAGGGAAAAAAUCUUUUUAACAAGAUAGUCAACGAGAAAAUGGAAGUCAACUCUUUUAUCUAUAAUUCCCUAAUUAGAGGAUACACAAGAAUGGGUGAUAUGAAAGAGGCGAUUAGGGUUUGUAAUGAGAUGAAAAGUAAAGGAAUUCAACCGACUUCUGAAACUUAUUCUUCUUUAAUCGAUGGACACUGCAAAAUCGGAUGUGUUAAAGAUGCAAAGCUUGUGAUUGAUGAAAUGAGGGAGUUGAGUUUAUCACCAAAUGCUGUAUGUUAUACUGUUUUAAUCAAUGGGUAUUGUAAGAUGGGGGAGAUGGAUAAAGUGGAAGCAAUUUUGGGGGAAAUGUGUUCAUAUGGGAUAAACCCUAAUAAAAUCACAUAUACAGUUAUGAUGGAUGGGUAUUGCAGACUUGGUGAAACAGAUGAAGCUGUGAAGCUUCUUGGAGAGAUGAAAGAAAAGGGAAUUGUUCCUGAUGUUGUUACGUAUAAUACACUGGCUAAAGGGUUUUCAAAGGAAGGGAGGAUUGAAGAUGCCUUCCAACUAAAUCAGCCAAAAAUCAAGAAUGAUAAAAUGCUGCAGUGUAAGAUCUUGAGUUUACUCCAAAGAACAAACAAGGAAUGCUGCAAAGUCUAUCUCAAGAAGAUUGAGCUUCCAAAUGAUUAUCAUAUCAGGAAUUAGAGGCUUAUUCGAAAACAGUGGACAUAUAGUGAUUGGUUAAUGCCAAUACUAUUGCUUUUUCAGGCUUGUGGAAUUUGAGACAGAGGAUUAAAUUUCAUGGAUCGAGGUGUUUCUGUUUGCCUUGAAGAAUCAGAAACCAUCUCACUCGCAUACUUGCUGGAUUGGAAUUGACUUUGCUUCCUUCUGUACAUUCAACCUAAUUUGUGCAUAACAUUUUUUUGAAAAAUAUGAACAAUAAUAUCAUACACUUUAUAUGCCAUUAGAAAUGAUCUAUGGUGGAUAACUGUUAGCCAUGGAUCCUACAAAUGAUUAGUUAUGUAUGUUGAGUUGCAAAC